UUCGUCGCUGUUGCGCACCAGUCCAGAACGACACAUGAGCGCGAGCGGAGGAGAUUAUCCGACCCGUUUCCUGUUUACAAAGGAUAAUAAUACUUUUGUUCUAUUUUAAGAAAAAUCUGGGAACGUUUGAAAUCGUUUUGUUCCGCUCUUGAAGUAUUUUAAUUAGAGUCAACAGUUUUAUUUUGGACAGCGCUCGAUCAGUGUGACGCAUGACGCGAUACGCAAAUAAAGAGUGAUAGUGCCGUAUUUUAUUCUUUAUUUUAUACAUUAUUCGCAAACAUGGACGAGAAGGUAUUUACGAAAGAAUUGGACCAAUGGAUCGAGCAACUGAACGAGUGCAAGCAACUCUCGGAAAACCAAGUAAAGAUUUUAUGCGAGAAGGCUAAAGAAAUUUUAUCCAAGGAGUCAAAUGUCCAAGAAGUGCGUUGCCCAGUUACAGUAUGUGGAGAUGUACACGGCCAAUUUCACGACCUAAUGGAGCUGUUUAAGAUUGGGGGUAAAUCACCAGACACUAACUACCUUUUCAUGGGAGACUAUGUGGAUAGAGGUUAUUAUUCAGUGGAGACGGUCACACUGCUGGUGUCUUUAAAGGUUCGAUAUCGAGAGAGAAUCACCAUCUUACGUGGGAAUCAUGAAAGCAGACAGAUCACACAAGUCUAUGGCUUUUACGAUGAAUGUCUGAGAAAAUAUGGAAAUGCAAAUGUUUGGAAAUAUUUCACAGACCUCUUUGACUACCUUCCACUUACAGCUCUUGUAGACACACAGAUCUUCUGCCUCCAUGGAGGACUGUCGCCUUCAAUCGACACACUGGAUCACAUUCGCGCAUUGGACCGAAUCCAAGAAGUUCCCCAUGAGGGUCCCAUGUGUGAUUUACUGUGGUCCGAUCCAGAUGACCGCGGUGGCUGGGGAAUUUCCCCCAGAGGGGCUGGGUACACAUUUGGUCAGGACAUCUCCGAAACAUUUAAUCAUGCCAACUGUCUGACACUGGUGUCACGAGCUCACCAGUUAGUGAUGGAGGGUUAUAACUGGUGUCAUGAAAGAAAUGUGGUGACGAUCUUCAGCGCACCUAAUUAUUGCUACCGAUGUGGAAACCAGGCGGCCAUCAUGGAACUUGACGACACGCUCAAGUAUUCCUUUUUACAGUUUGACCCAGCACCACGUAGAGGAGAGCCUCACGUCACCCGACGCACUCCAGACUAUUUCCUUUAGGACUGGAAGGCUUUGAAACAGAAUUACAUCAAUGAUCAACAUGCUCACCUGUGGCCGAUCGCAUAGCCGCUAAGUUAACAAGACUUUGCAGGGCUCGCAAAAUGUCAAAAUCCCUGGUAGACCUUAGACCAGGUACCGAAUUACAUACACUAUGAUUACUUAACUAAAUCUGAGAGAAUGCAAGGACAUUAAAAAUAGUGUUUCCUCCCUAAGAUAGCCCGACAGGCAGGGCGGAGAUACAUUUUGGUAGCCGACAGGAAUUUACAAUUGCCCCGGGACGUCGGGCUAGCGAUUUUGCGAGCCCUGCUUUGUCUUAAUAACUAACUAGUCUGACCAACUAGCAGUAAGUUAGGGCUAAUCCGACAUACUUUAUAAAUUCAAAUCAGGCCAGUCUGUAUUUUUAUGUAAUUGACUUUACGAUCAGUCUCCGAGAAAGAAAUUCGAUUUGUAAUGGUGCAUUUCCAUUGCAUAGUACCCCACGGGUCGGGCCAGCUUACUUUUGGGUGGAUGUUCCAAGCGAGCUGAGCUGAUACUAAAAUGUGAGGUGAAAACAUGAAGAUCACUGAUAAAUCAUCAAUACCAGUAUCAUCGCUAAACAAGAAUAUUCGCAAAGUACAUGUCCGCAUGUAUGCACAGUAUUUUUGCAGCUUGAAGCUGCUUCGCAGAGCGCGUCGACUGACGCCACAAGUGUUUGUAUAGAAACUGUCUUGUGAGACAGAUAUAGUGAUAAGCACGAUGUGCAAACGUUUAUUUGUGGUGGUCAAUUUUGAUUUUGUGGCGGACUGACAAAUAAAUGAAUGUAUGGGAAACACUGCAUUUCAACGAUGCUCACUCCCACUUUUUGUAUGAUGUCACAGCAGUAGACAGCGCAAAUAUAACGACACGCCUGUAAUCCCUCCCACUCUGAACUGGUAUUAACCUCAAUGGAAAAGCUCACCGAGCCAAAGUAAAGUGAGCUGACACGUCCUGUCCCACCUGUGGGUCAUAAUGCAAUGGAAAAGCGCCAUAAGACUAGUCUAGCAGUUUAUGCAACCGGUCACCGUUUUACUCUUCUGAAACUUAGCAGGUCGGUAAACCCUCUGUCCUUGGACCAAAACAUGUGCCAUAUCUGUAAUGCAAUAAGAUGACAAUACAUGCAGUCAUCUCAGUAAGUACACACAGUAUUACACUCCCAUCUGCACUACACUAUGUGUUUUCCCGUCACUUUACAACAAGGUUUUUUUUGAUGAGAAUGUAAGGGUUUCUUCAGACUACUGGGUUUAUGUGCAUUCAUCUGAAGUGCCAUGUGUUUUAGGAUAAGAUUUUUAAUAGACACUGUCAAUGCUUUUGACCGGAUCAUGUACAAGUGGUGGCAAGCUUAAAUCAGUGCUGUGUUUAUUAUAAUAACUGCAUUUCUAUGCUGCAUGGCCUCGGGUAAACGCUGAGCUCUCAUCUAUCUGAACUCAUGCAGUAUUUUCUUACAGCACUUUAGUUUUUAAUCCUUUUAAAUUAUUCUUCAAGCACUUUUUACAAGGCAGUAUUUCUUGUUUUUAGAUCAGCUGUGUUUUCUGUGUGUUUGCUUUCGUAUGUAAUUGCAUUAUUUCCCUGUAAUUUGUAACUGAGAGCACAAUUAUUACGAACAUAUGGAUUGGCAAUAAAGAUUCAUGAUAUUUA